AUGUAUGGAAAAUACGGUGCUUCCAGUGGUGUUAAUCCAAGUCUUUGCUGGCCCACUAGACAAGAAAUUGAGGAAAGGCAAGAGUAUGAAGCAGUAGCUUUUCCCUAUACAAUUAAAGAAAUGAUGGAAACAGCUGCCCAACGAAGAAAGGAAGAACAAGUAAGAAUAGAACAGAGGGACAAAGAUGUUGCUGCUAAAUUUCAAAAAUUAGAACAGUGGAAGAAUGAAUUAAAUGCAAAACUUGCCAAAAAAGAGGCAGAUGUUCAGGCAGCAAAGCUCAAAAAACAGCGUCUUGUUGAAGAAGUUAGAAGACAUUUUGGUUUUACCCUAGAUCCGAGAGAUGAAAGGUUCCAAGAAAUGUUGGCAAAACGAGAGAAAGAACAAAAGAAAUUGGAAAGACAGGCAAAACUGGAGGCCAAAGAGAAGAUGAUGAUUGCUAAAUUACAACCAGAAGAAUGUACAGCUAAA